AUGUUAUUUUUUAUUGCAAAUUGUGUUUUUUUAUUAAGGCUUCUGGGGGCAUACGUCUUCCGUCCAAAUGGCUUAUUUCCCAUUAAAUCUGAUCAGCAAGUGUCAUUUACUGGCCUGCGUAGUCCAAUAUUGGAUGAAAUUGGGCCUAUACCUGUGGAUGAUGGCACCAGGAAAGAAGUUAUUACACAAUUUUCAACUACAAUGAAGACCAACAAGACAUUCUACACAGAUUCUAAUGGACAUGACUUCAUCAAAAGGAUUCGAGAUUUCAGAACUGACUGGGAUCUAGAAGUGAACCAACCUGUAGUUGGAAAUUAUUACCCGUUAAUUUAG